AUAGCCUAAGUGUGAUAUGUGUAGCCUAUGGUGUUGCUUAGACUAUUCAUGCCAAUCAUCUGAGCUGCUGCUGCGCAUGCGCGUUUUGUCUAUUCGGCGAAACCCUCUUAAUAAUUUCAUUGGGAGCUGACAAGUGGGAGUUGCGAGCUGUACAAACCGAUUUAACAAAACCACAGAGGACAGACUUCAACAAUAAAUAGUCUGUCACAUAGUCCAUGAGUUACCUUCACUGCGCAGCAUGGAUUCUGCCUUCCAGUAAAACUUUCCAGAGAGCCGAAGACAAGCCUACAUUUCUGUCCAGCUCACUGGAGUCUGGUGACCAUCCUGCCCCUCUCACACCUCUCAGCCAUGGCAAAGCUGCAAGCCCCCCAGGCGCUUCAGAGCCAGCCAGCAGCCCCAGAUGGUGGGUGGGGCUGGGUGGUGGUGGGGGCCCUGUUUGUGACCUCUGUCCUGGUGUUUGGGAUAAUCCGGAGCAUGGGGGUCUUCUUCGUGGAGUUUGUGCAGUACUUUGGGGAGAGCGCCCAGGCUGUCUCCUGGAUCACAUCCAUAGGGUUGGCCAUGCAGCAGUGUGUCAGUCCAUUUGGCACAGCAUUGUGUAAUGGAUACGGUGCCAGACCUGUAGUGAUGGCAGGAGGUUGUCUCUCUGCACUGGGCUUCAUCCUGGCCUCACAGGCCACCUGCGUCACACACCUCUACCUCACGUUGGGUGUCAUCUCAGGUUCGGGCUGGGCAUUAGUAUUCACUCCUAUGGUGGCGUCAGUGAUGCAGUACUUCAACCGGAAGCGCUCCCUGGCCAUGGCGCUGGGCUUUACGGGUGUGGGCCUCUCGUCCUUCGCCUUCUCACCCCUCUUCCAGCUCUUGGUGGAGAUGUACACCUGGCGGGGUGCCCUUCUCAUCCUGGGGGGCCUCAGCCUCAACAUGGUGGCCUGCGGAGCCCUCAUCAGGCCCCUAGGGACUCACAAGGCUGUAGCUGCGCUGGCCCCAGGUGAGAGUGCCUGGUCCUGCGCCUCCAUCUUCCACCGGGCCUACUCCUACCUGGAGCUUUCCCUCCUCUUCCAGCGGCCCUUCCUCACUUACAGCCUGGCCAUCACCUUCUUCAACUGUGGCUACUUUGUGCCUUACGUCCACCUGGUGGCCCACAGCCGCAACGAGGGCUUCUCCCAGUAUCAGGCUGCCUUCGUCAUCUCAGCCACGGGUGUGACGGACAUCGUGGGCCGUUUGGUGUCCGGCUGGGCCUCGGACCUGGGCCGUCUUCGUCUGCCCCACAUGCUGGUCCUCUGGACGGGCCUGUUGGGCCUCUCCCUCCUCAUGCUGCCCCUGGGCUCCCUGGGGGGGUCCUACCCGGGCCUGCUCACCAUCAGCCUGGCCUACGGGUUCUGCGCCGGCGCCAUGACUCCCCUGGUGUUCGCGGUGGUGCCGGAGAUCGUGGGCAUGGAGCGGAUGCUGGGCGCCCUGGGGCUGCUACAGAUGAUCGAGAGCGUCGGGGGGCUGCUGGGGGGACCGCUGUCUGGUUUGCUGAAGGACCUGACAGGCAGUUACACGGCCUCCUUCCUGGUCGCUGGUGGUUUCCUCCUGCUGGGUACCAUGGUAACGACCACUUUGCCUCACUUCUUUUCCGGCACCGACCAGCACCCUCUCCAGAGACACGCCCGCAACCACAACAACAAGCAGCAGCAGAGCCCCGAGUCUGGCCUCAUGACCAACUCCAUAUCAGAGAAACUCGACCACAUAGAUACCAUACCGUACUCUCAACCGCAACUGGACCGCAACAGCCUCCAGCCAGAACCAGAGGUGUACAUGCCUUUAAACCGAAGCAGGACCGAUGAUGCCGCUACUAAAUGUUGAUUGGUUGUGUGACGUUAGCAACCAUACCUUACUUAGCCAAUAGGGCGGCUGAAUGCCUGGUUUCUCAGUGGAGUUUCAUGGUUAAGGUGCAUGAGUGCUACAGGUUUAUAUUCCGAAGUCGUGUACAUUUGUGGAGGAGGAAGACACAGACAGCAAGGCAAAAAUACAAAUGGGUAGUGUGGGAUGUCUACCGCACACAUCCAACCCAGUCAGCGGGUUCAUCAGCAGACAGUAUAUCGUGUUACAUAUGACUUGGCAGCGUUAUGACCAUGGCAUUUCACACGCAUAGCUUCUAACCAGAGGAACCUGGUGGGAGGACCUAUAGCAGGACAGGAUCAUUGUAAUGGCUGGAGUGGAAUCAAUGGAACGCUAUCAAACACAGCAACCGUAUGGAAACUCCGUUCCAUUGAUUCCAUUCCAGUCAUUACAAUGAGCCCUUCCUCCGAUAGCUCCUCCACUGCUCCAUAUGUCAUCAUGACUUUCAGAAUUUGCUCAUGUAAAGUCUGAUUUAGUUUUCUAGCUGUAGAGAAAAGAUCAACACGGUGAGUGGCAUUCGGUAUAAGAAGUCCUCAGGCAACUCAGCUAGCUAUACAUCACAGACCAUAUCAUGUGACAGACUAGUUCGUGGCAUAUGUCCAAAAAUGUUUUACCCUUCUCUCUCUCCAUCCAAACAGGGCCUAGGGGUAGCCCACAGUAGGCUACCAUAUCACUGCAGGAUCAAUGUAGGUGUACUCACAAAAUCAACCACAGCUGGAUGGCAGAAUGUUUAUUUUGUAAGGAACUUCUAAAAGCUAAACAAGGAACCGUUCACACCAGGGCCCCUAUUAGCAUUCAAUAUCUUCAAUGAGAAAGGCAUCUGAUUUGUCAUUUUAAAAACAUCAGUCGGGCUCUAUCUUUACCCAUACUAAAUAGGGAGAGGAGAAUCUGGUUUGAGUUAUUUUCCCCCACCCAACUCUCUGACUUGUCUAAUCUAGUAGGCUACGCGUAAGAUUCAGUAACACUAAUCCGUUUUCUUUUAAUCAUUCUCUGGAAUGAUUUAUUCAGAUGACUGUCAUUUGGUGUUCUAUGUCAAAAAAUAGUUGAUUGUUUUAUGUGUUUACUUCUCUGACCCCUGGGAUUAUUCAACUAACUCCUGGCCACAGUCCCAUAUGAGGAUAUGCUGCUAUGAGGAUAUGAAGAGGUUAAUUCUAAAACGCUAUAUAUCCAUUUUUCAGAAAUGUUUGUAAAUUAGCUUUUGUAGUUUAAAGAACUUAUAAAAGAGAUUGGUGUGUGUUUUUCACUAUCUAAUAGGCAUGGGGUUGUUCAAUGACAGACAUGUAUUUGUUUAAAAUCUAUCACUUGAUGGUUUCAUUUCAGAGAGAUAAAUAAUCAUGUUUUGUUGCAAACCGCUAUAUAUCCGCCUCACUCGGAGGAAUAACUAGUACUGCUAGGUUUAACACGGUCAAAUGUAAUAAAUAACGACAUCUUUUCAUAAAGAACUGCACAAAUUAUACAUUUGUUACAUCAAUAUAAAAAAAAUGAAUCAAUAUAGCAAUAUUAGAUCUGUGGGCUGUAAAAUAGUUACAUUUGACAUUUCAGUCAUUUGGCAGACGCUCUUAUCCAGAGCGACUUACAGUUCGUGCAUUCAUCUUAAGAUAGUUAGGUGAGACAAUCACAUAUCGCAGUCAAAUGUACAAAAUUCCAGCUAAACAAUGGAUAUAUAGAGUUUUGCAAAUAAAUGAAAUAGUUAAACACAUCUAAAAUCUAUUCAUUAAAAGUCGGAAAACAGUCAUAUUUUACACCCAUGAAGAUACCCAUAAGGAAUCAUUUCUGAUGAAAAAAACGUCGGAAAAUGGGUGGAUAUAGUGUUUUUGGAACAAAACUCUUCAUAUAGACUGUCUAUUCCUCAUGUACAAUAAUAUUAUACAAUCAUAUAUUUUGGACUAAACACCAAAGGAACUCCAAAAGAUUGAGCUUAGUGUAGAUGGAAGCACAGCCUCAGGGGCAUGGACUCUACAAGGCGUCGAAAGCAUUCCACAGAGAUGCUGGCCCAUGUUGACUCCAAUGCUUCCCACAGUUGUGUCAAGUUGGCUGGAUGCCCUUUGGGUGGUGGACAAGGGAUCAUAGCUUUCAGUCUACAUCUUGAAAAGAGCAGGUGUUCUUAACGUUUUAUAUACUCAGUGUAUAUCUAGACUUCCAAGUUUUUGAAAAGAUCAUCAAAGGACGAGGUGUUUUCCCAAAGCAAGUAUGGAAUAGGCUACCUACUGACAUGUAGUUACUCACUGACAGUGUGCUCUCCUAAUUUCCUGAACUUUCUCAGUUCAGUCAAUCAACGUAAUCUUCUGUUUACUGAAUAUCAAGUGCUGUUCAAAUUGUAUGUAGUUACUCUCAUGUGAAUUUCUCUUGUUCAUCAUUUAUUUCCAUGUUUUUUUCUUUCUUUUUUUGCAAGGUGAGGGCUAGACAAUUUUUCCCCCGACCCAAAUCUGUUCGUGCUGUCUUCCAACUCCUCUGGUCAUUGUCGCGCCGAACAAUUUGACAGAUCUGGGACCAGGCUAAGACAAUCAUGAUCUGGAUUUGGUUGGCAGAACACUUCUAGGUAAUCUAAUUGGUCAGUUGAUACUUUUGUCAGUGACUAUAUUCACAUGUACACCAGAGGAGGCUGGUGGGAAGAGCUAUAGGAGUAUGGGCUCAUUGUAAUGGCUGGAAUGGAAUGGUCUCAAACAUAUGGAAACCACGUUUGACUGCGUUCCAUUUAUACCAUUCCAGCCAUUACAAUGAGCCGUUCUCCUAUAGCUCCUUCCACCAACCACCACUGAUGCACAUAGUAUUCCGGAUAAUAGCUCAUAUCCCAGUUAAGGUCUUAUUCAGGAUAAGAUGUUUAUAUGCACUUUUGCUAUCCCGCUUAUAAGUAUUUCUGUAUCCAUGAAUAAACAAAAUAUUCCUAAUUUG